AUGGAUUCCUUCCAGAAAUGCGUAUAUAAGGGAUACACACUUUAUCCGAAUACCGAUAUCCCCAAACUGGAGAGUGGAGCUUUGGAGAAAUUUCUCCGCAAAGAUGACGUAAUUGUGCAAGGGUUUCCCAAGUCUGGUAACACCUGGAUGAUAUUCUUACUGCAAGAAUUAUACCCCGAUUUGAAUGUGUUUCAGCACGGUGACAAAAAAGUGCCACCAAUGCUAGAGUGGCUCUUAGCAGACCCCAGUGUGCUCGGAGAGGCCGACUCACCGCUGCUUAGAGGACUGAAACUGUUUCAAACAGACCCUGGCGUGACGUCAUCACCACGACUUAUCAAAUCACAUCUCCCGUACGAAGUAUUUCCAAAGCAAGCACUGCAGACUGGUACAAAGGUUAUAUACAUCGCUCGUAAUCCUAAAGAUGUCGUCACUUCUCACUAUCACUGGAUGAGUAAAUCUAGUAUGCUACAUGAGAAAGUUACAUGGGAAGGCCAUCUGAAGGAUUUCAUAGAUGGGAAUCAUCCAUUUACACCAUGGGUAAACCAUGUAGCUGGUUGGAGGGAACACAGUGAAGAUGAGAACGUGUUAUGCGUCACCUACGAAGACAUGGUAAAAGACACCAAGACCACUGUCCGCGCGAUAACGGACUUCCUGGAACGCCCUCUACCGGACUCACAGUUAGAAAAUGCUAUAUCUAACACUUCCAUCGAUAAUUUACGUAAUAAUCCAACGUCUGCGUCUAAAAUUGAUAUGGAUGAGGCGCUUAUGCCAAAUUUCGUUGCUGGCUAUUUUAGGAAGGGUAAAGUUGGCGACUGGAAGAACCAUUUCACCGUGGCUGAAAAUGAGAUGUUUGAAGAUGUCAUAGUGAAGAAGUUACAAGAAAAGGGAAUAGAAUUUGUGUAUGAAUUGUAA